GUGGCCAGGCCAGCGCGACGGGCUUCUGCGGAAGGCGGGGACUGUGGGUCCGCCGUCCUAUUGUUCGCUGCUCUGUGUUUCUUAUGGCUCGAGCUGUGUGGGUCUCUUUUGAGUUCCCCGGCCCCGGAGGCUACUUCCCCUGCCAGGCGGCCCCCUUCCUCCCGGAAGUUUGGGGAGCGACCACAACCUAAACGCCUUACCAGGGAAGCAAUGAGAAAUUACCUUAAGGAGCGUGGCGAUCAAACUGUACUAAUUCUACACGCUAAGGUUGCACAAAAAUCUUACGGGAAUGAAAAAAGAUUUUUCUGUCCUCCUCCAUGUGUAUAUCUAAUGGGAAGUGGAUGGAAAAAAAAGAAAGAUCAAAUGGAACGAGAUGGAUGCAAUGAGCAGGAAUCACAGCCAUGUGCAUUUAUUGGAAUUGGAAAUAGUGACCAGGAAAUGCAGCAACUUAAUUUGGAAGGAAAGAAUUAUUGCACAGCCAAAACAUUGUACAUAUCUGACUCCGACAAAAGAAAGCACUUCAUGUUAUCAGUAAAAAUGUUUUACGGUAAUAGUGACGACAUUGGCGUCUUUCACAGCAAACGGAUCAAAGUAAUCUCCAAGCCUUCCAAAAAGAAACAAUCCUUGAAAAAUGCAGAUUUAUGUAUUGCAUCAGGAACAAAGGUGGCAUUAUUUAACAGACUUCGUUCACAGACUGUCAGCACGCGGUAUCUACAUGUGGAAGGAGGGAAUUUCCAUGCCAGUUCACAACAGUGGGGCGCAUUUUACAUCCAUCUAUUGGAUGAUGAAGAAUCAGAGGGUGAAGAAUUUACAGUCCGUGAUGGAUACAUUCAUUAUGGUCAAACGGUGAAGCUUGUGUGCUCUGUUACAGGGAUGGCACUCCCUAGACUGAUAAUUCGUAAAGUGGAUAAACAAACAGCAUUAUUAGAUGCAGAUGAUCCAGUAUCACAACUCCACAAAUGUGCAUUUUAUCUUAAGGACACUGAAAGGAUGUACCUGUGCCUUUCACAAGAAAGAAUUAUACAAUUCCAAGCCACUCCAUGUCCAAAAGAACCAAACAAAGAAAUGAUAAACGAUGGAGCCUCUUGGACAAUCAUAAGCACAGAUAAAGCUGAGUACACGUUCUAUGAGGGGAUGGGCCCUGUACAUGCACCAGUGACACCUGUACCUGUAGUAGAAAGCCUUCAGCUGAAUGGGGGUGGAGAUGUUGCAAUGCUUGAACUCACGGGACAGAAUUUUACUCCCAAUCUGCGAGUUUGGUUUGGUGAUGUUGAAGCUGAGACCAUGUACAGGUGUGCGGAGAGCAUGCUGUGUGUUGUUCCCGAUAUCUCUGCAUUCCGAGAGGGUUGGCGAUGGGUGCGCCAGCCUGUCCAGGUCCCUGUUACUCUGGUUCGAAAUGAUGGGAUUAUCUACUCCACCAGCCUUACUUUCACCUACACACCAGAGCCUGGACCAAGACCACACUGCAGUGCUGCUGGAGCCAUCCUUAGAGCUAAUUCCAGCCUGAUGGCGUCAAAUGACUCAAGUACAAACAGUGAGGGAAGUUACACAACUGUCAGCACAAACUCAACUAUUGUCACAUCAGCAGCAACUGUAGUUUCCUAACUACUAAAAUCAUUUAAAGACAUUUACCAACUUUUGGGAAGGGCAAAGACAAGACUGUUGAAGUGCUGCAAAAGAAAACCAAGAACUACUAAUGUCAACAGUACUUGUGGUAUUCUGGAAAUCACCUCCUUGUUCAGAUGAUGGAACAUUUCAUUCAAGCAUAGAUAAUCUGCAGGAAGUGUUACUACAAUAAGAAAAUACACCUGAAUAUUAUAUAAAACUUUAUAAAGAGCAAAAUGAAAAUCUAUUUUUCAGCUGUUUAAAGUGUGGGCAAGAUAUAAAGUGUUUGGGUGGGAUGGUGGUAAAGCAUAGUAGAGAAUGCAUACAAAAAUAACAGUUUCUAUGGACCAAGAAACUUGUAUAAGCUUUAGUGAAGGUACAGUUUCACCAUACCUUUUUUUGUAUUAUACAUAUAGUACACUUUUGUUACCAAAUAGUUUAUAUUUUCUUCCUCUGAGCAAUGGGCUCUGAAGUAUCCAGGUUCCAGACCUGACCUUACUGUAUAUUCUCAUCACCUAUACCAGUAAAGACCUAUAUUUCGG